AUGCCAUCACUCAGUGACAGACUUGCUUCGUUGUCGAUGCCUGACACCGACGAAUCCGACACUAUCAGUGAGGAGCCAUUCAACAACCUCACACCCGUAUACAUCGACUUCGACGAUAUGGAGGUUCAAAAUGAAUUCUUCCUGGCCAUUGAAAUCUUUAUGGAGGACGUGUUUUAUAUUGAAUCCAUAUGGACUUCGUACAAGCAUGGCAUGCUGGAGAACAACGUCUGCUCGUUGUUGACGAACACAGCAAUAGAUGUCGUCCGUCUAGCUGAAAGACAGUUCGCCUUGUUGCUCAGACGACCUAAACGAUUCCCCGCGGACGUGUUUCCAGUUUGGAAGCUGCCAGCCUUACUUUACUACAAGUGGGCUCCUGGGCUCGAAGAGAAAUUCACCUAUGAGGAAUUUGCAGAUAUGAGGCCGUUCAAGCAUGACCGCAGGGGCGUUGAGGACGAGAGCGAUUUUGCUUUAUUCUCCGUCUUUUCUGGUCUCAAGUGGUACCUCUACGCUACUCCUGAAGGAGGUAUAAACAAGCUUGACCCUGCCAGAUUCAGACGACCCGGGGACAAUUGGCACCCGCAUCUGCCAAGAGUCGCAGAGAUGUGUCAUCUGAUGCAGUGGCAAACUCAUAUCAAGCAGCCUUCCAUAUCAAAAGGCAAAUAUGACAGUAUUGCUGAAGACGAAAUAGUGAGAGGCGUUCGGCACAUGGUGGAGCACAAAGAGAUUCCAAUCUGGGUACAGUUUGCCGCCCAAAUUUAUAUCGACAUUCAAAAUGUACUAGGCGAUCGUCUAGAUGCGCCACUAGACGAACUCAAGAUGUGGGUGCAGGUGUCCCACCAACGAUUGAACGAGUUCCUCUGUGACAAUGAUGAGAUCGACAUGUGGAACUGGACAUCGGAGAAGCCAUUUACCAAGCCUAUUAAGACUCUUGAGCAGCAUCACGUCACCGCCGAGGCUUGGGUUAGGGGAGACGUGUUCACGGCGACUUUGCAGGAAAUACACCUCCCUCAUCUAUCAAGAUACAAGCGUGAGAAUCAUGCUUUGUUGCGCCGUCAUCCAUUAGGUUGCGGUGUUCUUCAGUACAGCAUGUUUCAGGAUCUCCACGAAUACGGUCUCCAGUUUCAAACGGCUACGGACUGCAUUCGGCCCAUGAUAUAUCUUUAUGCAGCGACUCGGUUACUGUCUGAAGAUAGCCCUGCAUGGCCCGACAUGGAAUUGCUCAUUCUCCGCCAAAAUCCUGAGCGACUGUUCUUUGGUAAGAACAGACCGACAGACUACCGAGAGGCCCUUACUUUCUUUGAAUGGGUCUGUGACAUGUCUCCCAUGUUGCGUUCAAAAGAGGCGACAAAAGACUCUAGGGAACAACACGACUCCGAGCGAGUUCGGCGUAUUGUGGACCCUAGUAUCUUGAAGGAUGUGUUUCUGAACAGGUUCAACCAUCCAGUGAGCAGCGACAAUGAAGUUGACUCGAUGGUGUCAAAGUGGAUUGAACUAGUUCGGAGUGAAGAGGGCAUGACUCAGUUGCUUCGUCAACUCAACCUCGACCCAUCGGCAGAUGCCAAAACCAUCAAAGUACUCCAAGCGAGAGCCCAAAACAACAGAUCGGACGCGAUACCGAGCCAACUCAGUCAGUGUAUGGGGGCUGAUGCUAUCGAUCUGCAUUUUGAUUGGCUAGCCCUACACAACAAGUGCGCGAAAAUGUGGGCUCGUAUAUACUCCAGGCUAGUCGAGUCAAAGAGAAGUUUGUACUUUGACCCGAACGAAUUCCGCAAGGCCCAUCGCCCACAGGUGUGUCUCGUUGCACAAAUACUGCUCGAAGCGCUUGAAGCAUUCGACUAUACCCAGGAUACAACGCUCCAAGGUCGGUGGUUCACAUACGGAUAUGGUCUUCGAACUGUAGCCGCUGUUCUGGAUGAGAUGAUAAAGACUCCUGUAACCCCCACUCGAUGGGGUACGAUCCUGGAGGGCGAUUUGUGUAUUUGUACCACAAUGGUUCAGGCUUCUGCUACUGCCCAAAAAGUGUAUUACCCAGGCUGCUUCUACGAGGAAUCUGGCCCAGGAAACAUGAAAAUGCUUUAUCGAGGCUGGGAUAAGAUGACACUCAAAAGUCUUAACUCGAUAAAGUUAGCCAAGUAUUCUAGGGCCAACCUGGGGAAGGUUCUUCAGGAGAGACAUCCCGAGCUGCACAAGCAACGUGACGGAAGCGAGAGGAUGCCGAGGCAGACCGCGCAGAAUUCCACAGAGAAGAAGCCGAAGAAUCAGAAGAAGAAAGGUAAAGGCACGACGUUUUGA